CCGGAAGCUGCUGAGGGAUCAUCUCAGAGGCGGACGGUAGUUGGCGUCGCGGUAGCGGAGCCGGGACUCGGGUUUAGGUUUGAUCUGAUUCCCUUGAGCGGAGGCUGCAGGUGCCAUAUCUGACGUACUGGUGGGAUUGUGAGUGUGCAGCCGUUGCUGCAGCGGCUGGAGCGAUGCUGCGUGGAGUCUGUCUGCUGCUGCCCUGCAGUCCAGCCUAGCCCAUGGAGGGUGCCUUGGAGCAGUGCUGCUGAACAGGCCCGAGAGCCAGCCAGCCUCCUGCGGUGAUUUGGAGGCAGAUCCCGACACCCGUGAUGGUGGGAGCCAUUCCUCGGCAGCCGCGCCGCUUCUGGGGGGUGCCUGGAUGGCAGGUGUCUCCAGCUAGCUGUGCCAAGGACCGUCUGCUGCUGGGGCAGAACAGCUGCUCGGCGAGGGGUGGGUGAUGCGGCGCUGCAGUGCACUCUGUAGCGGAGGGCUUGUCCGGAGGGAAGGGGUCUGACACACCACCCCCUUUCCUCAGCCCUGUGACCUCGUGACACCGUACACCCCUUCCCUGCCGCUUUAUGGGCUGUUUCGUCUUUGGCUCUGGUUGGGGUCCAGCCCGCUAAGGCUCCAUGCGACACAUCCAUGCUGAGGCGUCCCUCCCCCAGGAGCAUGGCACGGACUCGGGCCUGUCCCGGCCAGGCGGCCAGGCGGCCUUGGAGCCCGCCCCAGAGCACUGCCCCCGCCGCAGCAUCGUGAUGGGCUACAACAAGACAGAGAUCAAGCGCCAGAAGGUUUACCAAGUCUCCAUCUUCUCCCACCUUUCCAGCUCCUCUGAGCCGGCAGUCCAGAGAGCUGGGGGUGGGCGGCAGGCCAUCAAGAGAGGGUACCCAGAGCAGUGGGCUCCGGAGGCUGGGCGGGAUCCCAAGCGAACACACUGGGGAAGCCCGGGGGCUGAGGCCAGGCAGGACGGGGUCCCUGGGGAGCUACACCCUGGCCAGGACUCCCCAGACGAUGACGCCGUGGAGGACGGGCUGCUGGUGGAGGAGCUGUCCCUUUGCGGCUCAGCCCAGCACUUCUCCCACAGCGGCCUGCGAGUGGUGGAGCACCGAUGUGAAGGCAGCCCUGGCCGGGCGGGGGCCCGGGAGGGCAGCCCCAGGGCCUGCAGAGAGGACAGAUCGUGGGAGGCUGCCUCCUCUUGGCCACAGCACACAGCUUGCAGCACUUUGCACAUGAGAGACAGUUCACCUGCCCAGCUUGGGGAUGGCCCCUUGGCGAGUCCCAGAGCCUGUGGCUCAUUGGGGGGCAGGGAGCUCCCCCGGCUGGCUGGAGCCAGGGAGCAGCCUGUGGAGGGAAACGGGGCCCAGAGGGAGGAAAGGGCUAGCAGCCAAAAUAUACUUGACAUUGAUUUGCACAAUAUUGCACAAAAAUCCUGGACAACCUCGGGUGGGAGGGGGGAGGAGCAGCCAGGGGGCAGCCCCGCCCACAGCAACGGGGCUGGUGGAGAAGAGGAGCAGCUGACUGGGUACAAGGAGCCCAGCACCCCACGGAUGGCCCCGGACUCUGAGAGCAACGGCCUGGGCUCCCUGGAGAAGACGCCCUGUGUGGGCAGCAGGCUCCUCGGGGCCGGCGGGGGCAACUGCGCGGCUAAGAGGAAGCUGCUGCCCUCGGGCGAAGGCGUGGCAGACUCGUGUUCAGAAGAUGAGAGUGUGGUGCCGGUGAGGAAGAAGAGGCCCCCCCUGUGCCACCCCAUCCUGACCGCCUGCCGCAGCACCGAUGCCAAGGGUGCCCCCUUCUGGAACCACCUGCUUCCAGGAGCCAAGAGUUCAGCAGGUGGCACUGCGGUGGGGCGAAGGCUAAAGAGUGGGCUGCACCUGAAAUCGAGACAUCUCCGCAGCAGCCUCCGGAAGGGGCCUGUGGGCACCCGGCCCUCUGCAGCUGCCUGGGCCACCACCUCCUUCAGCCAUGCUCUGCUGGGCAACUUUGAGGAGUCCAUCCUGAAGGGGCGCUUCGCCCCGUCAGGCAGGAUUGAAGGGUUCACUGCGGAGCUCGGGGCCAGCGGCUCGUACUGCCCCCAACACGCCACCUUACCCGUUGAUGUGACCUAUUUCGACAUCUCGGAACACAGCGCGCCCUCGCCUUUCCUGGGAGUGAUAGACUUGGAGGCCUUGGGAAAGAAGGGGUACAGUGUCCCCAAAGCUGGAACCAUCCAAGUGACCUUAUUUAACCCUAACAAAACUGUGGUGAAGAUGUUCCUGGUGACGUACGAUUUCCAGGACAUGCCGGCCAACCACAUGACCUUUCUGCGUCAUCGCAUCUUCCUGGUGCCUGUGGGCGAGGAGGGGCCUGGCGAGACACCCAGCGACCCAGCCUGUGCCAGCCCGCCCAGGAGGGUCCUCUGCUACCUGAUGCACCUGAGGUUUCACAGCUCCAAGUCGGGGAAGAUCUACCUUCAUGACGACAUCCGCCUGCUCUUCUCCCGCAAGUCGAUCGAGGUCGACUCGGGGAUCCCCUACGAACUGAAAUCCUUCACAGAGAUGCCAAGGAACCCCUGCUACUCACCCCGGGGCUGAGCAUGGGGAGCCCCAUGCCCCCCUCUCCACCCUCACCCCUGCACUUCGUAAACAAGUAAAGGGCAAGAGAGCGGAGCUGUCUCCUCCCCCAGAGGUAUCAGCCCCCACCAAGCUGUGGGGUGGUGAGGCACAGACAUACCCCUCCCUUGACAGCAGCUUCGCGCCUGUGCCAGAGAGUGAGCAUGGCAGGCAUAGGGGGGAUGGGAUCAUGGAGAUGGCUGCAUGGUGUGAGCAGGAGCUGGCACGCUGGCUCCUGUGCUCCCAUCGAGUCAGAGACGCUCCUAGGCCUCUGGCUGCACAGCUCCAGGCCAUGCCCUUCAAGGGAGGCUCGGGGGCCCCCGGCUUGUGGCACUCGGCUCGGACGGAGCUGAGCUGGCUCCCUGGCUGUGGGGAGGGUUGGAGCAGAUGGCAGCUCUCGGAGCGGGAGGUACUGUAUUUAUUAGUAUUUAUUGUUGGUGGGGAGCCAGGAUGGAGAGUCCACGAUGUGGCUCGUAACCCAGCCUUGAUCACAAGUGCAGCGAGUCCGAUGGGCUCUGCUCUUGGUGCCCUUUGCAUGUUGCACGACCAGCUGCGCAGCCCAGCAAGACAGCAGGAGCUGAGCAAGAGACGUGCAGGACUGGACUGGCAGGGGAGACUGAGUCAAGAUUGAGGGGUAUCAACAGAACUAGUUGGUGGGACUGGGGCUGUAGGUUGGGAUUGAGGGGCACUGGCAGGGCAGUGGGGAGCCCAGGGCUGCAGGUUGGGAGGGAGGGGCACUGGCAGAGCGGGUGAGGGGGAGCCUAGGGUUGGGCUAGCAGGGGGCUGCGGGUUGGGAUUGAGGGGCACUGGCAGGGUUAGGGGGGAGCCCAGGGCUGGGCAAGCAGGGGGCUGCAGGUUGGAAGUGAGGGGCACUGGCAGGGUUGGAGGGAGCCCAGGACUGGGCUAGCAGGAGGCUGUGGGUUGGGACUGAGGGGCACUGGCAGAGCUGGGAGGGGGCAGGGCUGGGCAAGCAGGGGGCUGUGGGUUGGGAGUCAGGGGCACUGGCAGGGUUAGGGGGGAGCCCAGGGCUGGGCUAGCAGAGGGCUGUGGGUUGGGAGUGAGGGGCACUGGCAGGGCUGGACGUGCAGGGCCUGUGGGCUGAGCCUGAGGGGUGUUGGCAGAGCUGUCGGAGGGAGGGGGCUCUGCUCUUGCCCUCACUAUCCCUAGUGCUCUCUACAGAAGCCCGAGCCCCACCCGAGGGAACCGGAGGGCUGGCAAGUGCCCCCGCACAUGGCCCGGAGGAAAGGCCUCGUGUGGCCUGCUGGGCUCUGUCUCCCCAGGGAUUGGGCCCUUGUUCUGGGAGUUGGGGGAGCCUCUGUUCCUGCUCCCCUCCCCCUGGGGCAAGUCCAGCCCCUGGGGUGUCCCUGGAUAGCAGGGAAGUAGUUGCUGGCUGCAGCCCUGGGGGAGAAGGGAUCUGUACUGGGGCCUCUCCCUGGCCACCCCUGUUCAACAUCCAUGUGAGCUGGGCUGAGCUGUGUCUGUUGUCAUGGUUAUUGCUACAGGAGACUUCUCAAAGGAAGCCCAAGCCCCCGUGAGAGGGGAAGGGGCUCGCCCCCCCACCCCUCCAGAGCAGGGCUGUGGGGCACCCAGGGUUUCUGUGUCUGCUGCAGAUUGGAGUGGCAGUGGUCUGGAGCCCGCGGCCUCACUAACCAGGCUGCGCUGCGGCAGGGUUCGGGGGUAAUAGAUCCCCCUGCCCAGCUGGAGCUGGUGGGAGAUGUGGCUGUCUCUGAGGAUGCAGGAAAACCAAACCCUCCAGCUGCAGCAGAGAGCUCCUGUGCUCAGCCUGGCCCCCAGGCCUGGGCAGGGGCUGAGUGAGGCCAAGUGAGGCCUUGCAAGUGAGAAGGGGAAGCCAGAGGGUGCAUGUGGUCACUCGCUGACAGCAUGUCUGGUAUGAUGGGUUACAGGAGGGGGAUCCUAGGGGCCGGGCUAACCCCGUAGCUCGCUGCCUGAGAGCAGACACAGUGCUGGCCUCCCAAGGCCCCAAGUGACUGUAAUUACCCCAUCUCCUGCUGUGGGAGAUGGUCCAGUACCUGCCUUGGCUCACCCUGGGCUCCUCUCUCCUGCCCGUGGAGGGUUGAGUGAGCUCUGCCUGAGUCACCCCAGCCCGGCUGACCCUUCCAGACCCAGGAGCUGAGCCCUCCAGGGGGAAUCUGACAUGUCCCUCAGCUCCUCGGCUGGGAAAGAGCCGCUGCCUGCCUUGCUUGGGACUCAGGGCAGGUGACUGGAAGUGGCUGCACUGCGGGAUUGGAUGGCAGGAGAUGGGUAGGGGGCAAUGGCUCCAGCCCUGUGACCUAGCAAACUUGGGGAGAAAAGAAUGGAAACAGGAGGCUAGGGGGUGAACACAGGGCUCGAUGUUUGGGGCAGUCACAGGAAUGGGAUUUAGGGUUGCUUGGAGCAAUAUCUCCCCAGCCUGGAAGAACCAUGCAGAGAAUGUUAUGGAGCCUGCCCUGGCCCCAGAUGUGAGGGAUGUCGGGGUGCGGAGGAGGUGGCCAGAGAAAUGGGGAGUCCUUGGUGCUCUCCCUUGCCCGGGAGUUGGGCUUGCAAGAGUCUGGCCUGAGGGGCCUGGAAUCAGGGGCGGGUAUAAAUACGGCCCUCCCUGUGACCCAGUUAAACUAGGACCCCUCAGGAGGGAGUGGAAAGACCUCCUGCACACACCUCCCCCAGCAGGCCGAAGCAUGAAGUGUCGCAUGCCAGGCCCCAGGCGAAAAUCCUGCAGAGCACAGCUGCUCCUUCCCUAUUGCGUAUCAAGGGUGGCAGGAGUGGGGACUACAGUUCCCAGCAGGCCAUGCACCAUCUCCAGCUGAGCAGCUCUUCCCACAGCUGGUGGGGUGGGGAGCGCUAUUUUAAAUGUAACUUUUAGCAGCAGGCCUUUGUGCAGAGCCUGUGUCGCAGGCGGGGCGCUGGGGGUCCAGCCCCAUCUCUCCAUUUCAAAGGAGGCUGUCAGGCCCCUGAGGGAGUGAGUGACUCCAGCCCAGCUACCUCAGGUUAGAGCUGCUGCUUUGUACAUUUCACUGGGAGGCUCCGUCGUCCCCUCCCCCGUGGCCCCUGUAGCUGCUGGGGUGCGCACGGUCCCUCAGCACUGUUGUUCACACAACCUUGCCUCCUGCUCCAGAAACGAGUUGGGGGAACAAACACUCACAAAAACUUGAAAAAAAAAAAAAGAGAAGAAAUAUAGUACGUGGUACUUCUCCUUUGUAAUUUAAUAAAUGUUUGUUUGGAAACUGAA